CUGUACCAUACAAUACUGAUCCAGGAUGAGGAUUCUAAUACUGUUUGCUCUUUGUGCUCUUCUGUACUGGUCUGAGGGCCACAAGCAGGAGGAAUGUUUGAAGCGGGAAAUCCGGCUACCUAUGAUUAGGGAAAUGCUCAGUAUGUCCCAGGACAUCCAUAAAUCCCUGCCGAGGGACAAUAAACCCUUCCAUCGGAUAUUGGGGAAACUUAAAAAGUGCAAGGAACUGAAUGUCCCAGACUUCAAGCGUGUCCUAGAAAUCUAUGAUGAACAUGUGUUCGAAAAGAUGUGGGAUGAACUGCCAACCCAGUUCAUUGACUACUUCAAAAGGCUGAAGGGCAUAAUGCAGAACUGUGCGACUGAAGGCAAACCAACCCAGUCCCGCUGCGCAAAAGAGAAGCUUAAAAAAUUUGAGCACACGUUGAUGAAGCUUCAGCCAGAUGGUAAAACCAAAGCUCUGAGUGAGUUUCACAGUGUUUUGCUGUGGAUCAGUUCAGGCAUGGACAGAAGAAAAACAUACAAGAAGAUUCACUAGUUCUUCAGGCGGGCUCAGAGGAACUCAGGAUGCAGUCGUGGGGAAAACACAUUUCUACACACCCUAUAGUUAAGGAAUCAGGUUAAUUUAACACAAAUACCAUUGCCAAACCCACAUGGACGUGCAGGGUCUUGAGUCAUCCAAAAACAAACACUAUUACUUCCUCUAUCAAUUAUCAACAGACCGAGCAACAGAUUUCCUAGACUGCGACACAAGUCAUCAAGUCAAAUCCUGUGAAUGACCUCAGAAAAAGCCCGAUUCUAGUCGAAUCCGACUUAUCUCAGGGAAGUUGUGAUAAUAUUUCAUGUAGCAAAGAAAUUACGUGCUUUUUGUUCUUGCACUGACGUUUCAGAUAUAAUGAAUUAUCCGUUUAUUACCAUGAAAUGUUUUUUAGAUUUAAACUGAAGGCAUGUUUAUUUAUUAUUUUUAGUUCAUUUUCAAAUUGGUAAUUUAUUCUUGAUUACUUGGUUGUAUUUUUAUUAUUACUAGUCAUUCAUUUGAGAAAAUGUAUUAUUUUAAUCUAUAAAUGCCAUAUUUAUGUGUGCCUUAUCAUUGUAUACUGCCAGUGUCACCAUUUAAAUGCAUUUCUCUGAAUUGCUGUAUAUGAUGCAUUAUUGACUGUGAAUCUUCAAAAUAAA